GGUCAAAAUAUGCGAUCUCAUGUUACCUGCAUCGACAUUUAAUAAUUACGCGAAAUGAGAAAAAAUCCUACGAUCUCGAUCCUGCUAGCCACAUUUUGGCGCGUCAUCUGACUUAUAGGCAUCAACAUUACCCUGAAUUAUUUAUACCUAAAGAUACUGAUCAUGAGGAGAUACGAAAAUUCUCUAAUAAUAUGUAUUAUAUAAGAAAAUGUCCUGAUUGAAGCAAGGGAAUCUAGUUCUUUCAAGAAUAUACUAGGAUAUUCUCGACAAUCUCGAUGUUUCUCUUUUUCGCAAUAAUCACCCUCGUGAUACAUGGGAGCAGCUCAAAAACGCCAAAGGGCAUAAAUCAUCGGCUAAUCAUGUGACAGCAUAACACACGUGGAAACUGGGGCUAUUACGUACGUAUAACCAGCCUUCCGUGACUAAUACGAAAAACCCCGGGAGACGACACUCAAUUUACCUCAUCAUGCCACAUUGCAAAAUAACAAUAUAAUACGGCGCAUUGAUUUCCAUAUUAGGUUGUUUCGCAAGAAAACACCUCUUUAAGAAUUGAAUGCGAAGGUUGUUUAGCACAGUGUGUGCAUGUUAGGUCAUUCUUGACCUUCCGGUUUGAUUUAUACAUAGGGAAAAAAAUGGUGUUGACGUUUCUCGCUUAUCACAUCUUAUUGUUGAUAGAUUUGAUUGGCAGUGAAUGAUCCGUUCAAGUGGGCGCUCAGUGAGUUGACCUCUCGUUAGUGAGUGCCUACGGUUUUAUUAUCUCUCACAGCAUUCAAAGCAUCACUAUUAUCUACCUUUUGUUCUCUAGACUCAUAACAGACGCCAUCUGACUGUCUCUGAGGUUGAGCUAGAAAGUGCUUCGAUGGAGAUAAUACUUCCAAUUUGUGCGAUUGUGCUGGUGGUGUUGUUCGUAGUGGCAGCUUUGAGUGCAAAGGUCCGCAAUACCGUGAUUUCCUCAAGGACGUACAAGAAAGCUUUUGCCGUGCACAUGAACCUCUUCAGCAGAAUUCACAAUAGAGCUGUUCAAAAACGCAAGGAAGAAAUGUUCAAUCACAUGAAGAUGGCCCUGAAAGGCGUUCAGGGAGAUAUUCUGGAGAUCGGGGCAGGAACAGGAGCUAACUUUGAAUUCUUACCUGAAGGAUGUUCCGUUAUCGCCUUAGAGCCAAAUCCGCACAUGGAAACCUAUCUUGUAGAAAACGCCAAAAGAUUUCCCCAUGUCCAACUAAAAGAAAUUGUGUGCGGCUACGCAGAAAACAUGGAAGGAAUCGCAGACAACUCGGUAGAAGCUGUGUUGUGCACUCUAACGCUUUGUUCGGUGACUGACAUGGAAGCAGUUCUGUCCGAAAUCAAGAGAGUUUUGAAACCGGUGAGUCGCGGUUUUGUCGUUUUGUUCCGUUUUUUAAAUUGCUCCGAAUCAGGCGUAAUUAUAUAGCUAAUUGUUUUUUAGAGAUUAUGUUACUUUGGUGGUCAAUAAUUUGUUAUUACAUUUUGAUGAUUUUUCAAAACAGAUUACCGCCCACAUCUUAUCUUCAUCUGUGACCCUUUUCUUCUUAAAACAUGACAAAUCAGACACUGCUUCUCUUAAAAAACAUGUAAUUUCCAGAGAAUGCACACAAGUCUUAAAACUGAAGCGGGACCGUCCAAUCUCUAAAAAAUGUGGAAACGGAAAAAUAUGGGGUUCCACUAGCACCUUAUGAAUUGACUAAAUUUUAAAAACAGAGGGCCCAAAAAAGUGUUAAAAGCGUUAUUUGGACAUCUGAUCUUCUUUGGGUGUGUGCAUACCCUUGAAACUGUAUUUUACUUUCAGUUUGCUGACUAAUGUUUGCCGACUACUUUUUUUUUGUUGAGGUGGGGCGGAACUGUAUUAUACCUGUGGUUAAAAUAGCACGUAUUAGACUUGAAUUAGUAUGUUUUCGUAAGCUUUAAAAUCGAGGCUAUAUUUGUUAAACAGUCAGUAGGGAGACAAUGCACAUUUACUAUGCUUAUCCUACGUAUACAUCCUUUCCCUACGGUAUCAUGCAGUUUAUUCAAAUCAUAAAUAAGACUAUAUCAGUUGUGCGUUAAUGGCAAACAGAAAACAUAGUUUUCAAGGAUCAAACAAGGUCGUAAAACAGAAUAAACUAGAGCUAUGCUGAUAUGAUAACACAUAAUUAUGUAGUACCUUAGUAGCAGUCUCUAUCGAUGGCAGAAGAUAAGUAGAGCGGAUUUUUCUCGUUUUCUAAGGAGAUGAAAGGAUGUCUGUCAGUUAGAAAUCAGAACAAUUAGCGACAACUCCUCUACAAAUAUUGAUUUGACUAGCCAUUGUUCAAUUUAACACACCGUACUAGUGUCGCUAGUUAAGUUUUAGAAUAUUGUUGUCGGUGUUUUCUUUUCGAGUUCCCAAAUAAAAAGGAUAAUACCCUAGAGAGGAUACCUAAUUAGGAUCGUUAAGUUGAAACAGCUUGAAUUCGUUAUAGCAUGACGAUUUGUUUACUUGCUUACACUGUGCCAAACAUUUCCCUGUUUAAUAUCAAUGUGCAGAUAACAAGGGCAAAAGUCAUAAAACUCAUUUCCGCUUGUUUUCAUCCGUUUUCUCUUUCAAUCGACUGCAACAAAAAGCACAGUGACAGUAUCCGAGCACGUUUAACCAACAACAUUAUUUUCGGUUGAGAUCACGCACCUCCUAUACUUACACCCCUUCUAAAAAUUAUCUUUCAGGGAGGCUACUUUUAUUUUUUGGAACAUGUAGCAGGUAUGUUAGUUAUAAUUGCAUAAAUAGUUUGUUUUUAUCUUGAUUUUAUAGAGUUCGUAGCGUGCAAUAGGUGGCCUCCAUCCGCCUCACGUCCGAUCAAUUAAAAUCCACCUUUUGGCACGCGAAUAGCUAACAUGCGAAAUGCGAACCACGUAUUGAAAGAUUUAUAGAUAGAUAUUUCCCUUGUGUUUGUUUAGAAAAGUUUGAAUAGAAACCAAAACCGGGAAUAUUUUUCCUGUCUGUGCAAAGUUACUCACGGAAGUAACUCAGUUGUAUCACAGGCAGCCCAAGGGUACCCGUGGGGGAAUCGAUACAUUAAAUAUAUCUAUAAACAGGAUGAAAAGCAUGUUCUCUUUUUGAAGGUUACCCUCAUUAGAAAUGCUCAGCACGUCCUUAGGGCAGACAAAAACAAAGCUUUCUUCACUAUGAAGUAAAUUGGUUUGUGUAGCUGUAAAAACAAGUCGCCUUUUAGGCCUCUUACGUGAGCUAUAGUUGAUCCUGUUUUUCCAGGAAACUGCAAUUUUGGACAUUCGUGGCCGGGAUCGAAGUUUGUACGCACUCACGUGUUUACCGCACGUAUUUGCUACAAAGAGUCAAAUACCGGUUAAAAAGUCAUGAAAUCUCUAAAGAUAGCCUUUAAGACUUCCUUAUCUUUAUCCAAUAGCUGCUUUCUGCUAUCCAGCCAGUCUUAACGCUAUUUUUUUCGAUUUUUUCGCCGGGGUACCGUACUCUCUAGUUAUAGUCUUUUUAAAGUAUUUUAAAAUUUUACCUAAAGGCAAUCAACAUCAACUAUAGAAAACUAAAAGAUAAUUUUUUUUUCAACAAGGAAACAUUUUUUAUUUACCCAAAAAACACCAGAUUUUUCUAACGCUUAAUUCAAUUAAUACUAUCCUAUGUCAGCAUUUAUUUAACUCUUUUAGAAUAACUACAUUCGAUCAGGGAUUUCUUCAGAUCGGGAGAAACUUCCUGCUAUGGCAGACAGUUUUAGGAGAAAAGGAGAUAGACAGCCAAAAAAUUGCUCUAUGUUGACGGAUAGUAUUAGACUCUUACUUUUAAUGACACUGUUUUUUUUCUCCCUUUUUUUUCCUUAUGUAUUUAUCAGAGGUUUAAGACUUCAUGGCAUUAUAUACCGGCGUGCCAAUAUUAUGGGUUUUCAUAAUCACACGGGCGCCAGGAACGCGGCGUACAGUGCGCGUAAGGAACUGCGAUAAAACGCCCCGCCCUGACUAAAAAACAAAAGUUAAAUUUCGGUCAGUACGUGAUGACUUCGGUUUUAACGCUGUCUUACUGAUCCAAUUUUGUCUUUGGCGAAUACUCAAGCCGCAUAAACACUAUAAGAAAUGAAAUGACUCACGUAUACUCUGACCUUUUCUUAACACAAGGUCGGCUGGCGUUAUCAUGCGAUUAGGGCUUUCCACAAGUUGCUCGAGAUUUUGCGGCGUAACCAGCGUUGGUAAAUAACUUUGUCCUCAAUUAAAACCAAAAAAUGUAAUGAGCCAAUGAAAUUGUUGAAUGACUUUCUUCACCCGAGAAAUCCAAGUUAGUCGAGUGUGAAUCUUCGUCCACCAUUUUAAAUUUUCUCUAAAAACCGCUGACCUAGCAGCCCGGCCACUAUUAUCUUGCGCCCGUCCGCCUGCCCGUCCUUGCUACCAUGAUUUGGCUCAACCUCGUCCCCAGGGCUUUUCCUUUUUUAAGGGAAAAGCCCUGGGGACGAGGUUGGAUUUAGCUCCUUUUUUUAACAGGAAAUUCAUAAACUGUCUACUAAAACAUUGUGAAAUAUGGAAGAAAGGCCAAUCAAAUCACUAAAAGCUGCUCCGACAGCUCAGAAUUAGAAGAUAACUAGAGCAAUUGCUCAGAAUGCAAAAAGUUGCUCGAAAUACGAGAGAAGUUGCCAAAAAGUUGCCGAGCAACUUGUGGAAAGUCCUACAUGCGAUCCUUAAAACUUGGUCUGACACAGCUAUCUUGAAUGACCGGCAACCCAAUUAACCUUCCAAAAUGUCUGACGGACCAUCGUAAAGCAAAAAACUAUUUAUUUGUUAUAAGCAAUUAUUGGAUGACGUUUUUGUGAUACUCCAGAAUAAUCAAGGCCGAGGUAGGGGUUAUCAACCGAAGCCGAAGGCAGAGGUUUAUAACCCUUACCGAGACCUUGAUUAUUCCGGAUAUCAGAAAACCGAAUCUAAUUAUUGUUUUAUUAUACAUUGAACGGAUUCUUUUAGUUUCUCGCUUCGACACAAAAUGUUUUCAAAGUUUGUGCCAACUCUUUCUUUUCCUCAGGUUGUCUCAGUCCUUGUCUUCCACUAUUUUUUCGAUGUCUUGCUCGGUCAACGAAGCAAACCUGGAAGUCAUGUUUUUGCUCCUUCACUGACGGCAAGCAACACAAAGCGCGCGAUCUCGACAUAAUUACCCUCAGAAAUCAGACACCGCGAUCAUACAUAACAUGAUUACCCGUGACCUUGAGUGUCCUUGACAUGAUUAUCGUAGAAUCUGCAGCCCGGGGGGGACUCGGCAUAUGAAUGAGGUGGGGAUGCUCGUCGUCUCGCUUAGGGGUGUAAAUUUCGGAUUUUGGUCUCACUUGGGGUGUUCUGGGCAAAACGCCAUCAUAUUUAGCAGUGAAGGUCUCGUUUAGGGUUGCACACGAAAACAUAUAAAAAGAUAUAUUUGAUAUGUAUAUUUUUUUGGUCUCUUUUAGGGGUCAAAAAAAGCUUGGGCCACGCCCAGAUCGGUCUCCUUUAGGGGUUUAAUUCAAAAUUUCCGACGAACGUCCCCACCCCUUUAACAUGCGGAGUCCUUCUACCGGGAUCUGCAGCUAGAUGAUGUCCCAGGUGUUGAUUUCGAAAGUUCACUGUACGCUUUCGGCCAAUCAGAAAAGAGAUAGUGAGUUGAAUGUAUAAUAAUUAUACUUAUCGCUAUUUCGGUAUGUCUGCCGUACGAUUAAAAAGGCAUAAACAGGAGCCCAUAAUGGCUCCUGGCAAUGGGCUCCUGGCAUAAACUAAGACUGAGACGAAUAACAACCUCGUUCCCAGGAUAGGCCUCUGACCCUGUUGGAGUUCAUGGCCACGCCCUUAUCAGAUUUUCAGGUCUCUUACAUGUAGUAUAUUUCUGUUUUAGAUAACCCUGAAACAUGGAGGCAUUCAUUCCAACGCACUUUCGACGACCAGUGGAAAUAUCUCAGCGACGGAUGCUCCUGUUGCCGUGAAACUUCGACCUAUCUGGAAAACGCUGGGUUUUCUAGCGUCUGCUAUCAAAAGUUCUACGUAAAUGAGCUAAUGUUGAUUGCGUACUUAAUGCUGCCCCAUAUCGCAGGCUACGCAGUCAAGUAAUGUCAGUAAUUACUAUUCUUCUACUGCGUGCGACCGCGUGAUCGGAUUUUGUCGAGGCUGUGAGAGUAGUCCCUUAAAGGUGCCAUUUGUCCAUCUGUUUAACCAAAAAGAAAUACUGAGCGCGUCGAGUUUAUUCUAGAGACAUGCUCCUAAAUGUCAGUAAAAUAUUGACGCCGGCUACCGUGAUACAGCUCAAUAUUGACUGUCAAAGGCAUAUGUUAAGUUUUCAGUAGCUUUUUUUGAAGUAUUAGCAAACAAAACAACAUUUUAUGGUACAAUUAAGCUUACAGUAUAGGAUAAAUUUCGUAAAUUAAUUGCGGAUACGGAGCUUUGUUAUUUAGACAGGUGUGUGACAGAUUUGGGAGAUAUUUUAAAGAAAAUAUCCGUCGGUAGAUAUAUUCGUAUAAGGGGAAAAAAGUUUAUAUAUUUUUAACGUAUUUGUUAGGUUUUGAGUAUGCGGGCAUAUGUACAGUAUAUAUUCGUGAAUUUCCACCACACCGCUGACCAAAGGACUAAAGUAGCUUUUUAUACGACAUGUUAUUUAUGACAUUGAAGUCCAAUUUGGUAGAUAUAAGUCGUUUUUCUUUUCUUGUUUAACGUAUUUAAGUAUACAUUAAAUAAGCUGUUAAGUUUUAGGGUUUACAGCACACCCCCAUUUAUAUUCAAGUUAAAUUUUAUAUCAGCUAGCCUACUUAAAUAACGAACAACGCCUGUAUAUGACAACCCCCUGGAAGAGGAAUCAGCUGAUGUCCUGUUAAUAAGUAAGAACUAGACACUAGUUCACAAUGAUAAAUUUAGUUAGAUACACAGCGGCAGGCAUAUUUUGCAGAACGCCGAACGACUCUGAAGUUUAGUGCGUAGGGUUAGGAAACUGAGUGAAUUAAGUUUCAGGUCAGUUUGCCCAGUAUAAAAACCCUAAAUGUAACCUGAUUCACUCAGUUUCCUAACCCUGAUCACCAAACUAAGAGUCAUUCAGCGUUCUGCAACGCCGUAUACAGCUAUUUCGAGAAAGGUUGUCGGAAAAACUGAUGUGCGCGAGACAAACCAGAAAGGUAAUAUGGGAAAUGAUCAAUACACUGUUUCUGACGACUGUACCUGUCGAACCUACUUUUGUUGUUUUCCUUUAGCACUCGCAAACACGUUUCCAUGGCCUUUCGUACCAAUUCUUUCAAAUUUUUUUAAGGAACAGCGAACUUAAAACCACCCACAAUGCCUUUCGGAAUUGUCGCAUGCACUUUUUCCGACAACCAUUCUCGAAAUAGCUGUAUACAAAGUAUGUUUCUGAAAUCGUGCUCCACAGUUACCUUAAUAUCUACCUUUAAAAAAAGGAAAAACUGAAAUUAUUACUUCGCAGUUAAGUUGACGACAAUGAUUCUUUUACGCAGGUGUAAAGCUUUUUCAUAUUUCAGGCGUUGUUUUAUA